AUGGAAAGCCGAAGUCGACGACGCAGCAGGAGCAGAAAUAGAGAGAGGCCAUACGAGAUAACCAUCUCAACGGCGGAUAUGUCCUCAAAGAUGCAGACUUUCAUUAUGGAACAGGUGAUAGAGUGUCUCAACAACCGGUCGCAUCCGAAGAAGAUGUGUCGAUACAUCCGGGAGAGGUGCAAUGCGAGAUAUGGACCCUCUUGGGAUUGUUUUGUGGCUAGGGAAUACUAUGGAUCCUUCGCUUACGUCCCACGCCACCUCUUGGGGUUUGAGCUGAAUGGACUCAACUUUCUGAUUUUCAAGGGAGCAUAA